AGGCUUGAGUCUCCAUAACAUGUCAAAGAUCAUCUCUGUUAAGGCUCGUGAGAUUCUCGAUUCCCGUGGCAAUCCUACUGUGGAAGUCGAUCUUGUAACCGACAGAGGCAUGUUCAGAGCAGCUUGUCCUUCAGGGGCAUCUACUGGUGAGUUCGAAGCUCUCGAACUUCGUGAUGGUGAUAAGAAGCGCUAUGGUGGUAAGGGGGUUCAGAAAGCUGUGGACAACGUGAACAAGAUUAUCGGCCCAGCAAUCAUUGGUAAGGACCCCACUGACCAAACCGGCAUCGAUAAGUUGAUGGUUGAGGAGUUGGAUGGAACUCAGAACGAGUGGGGCUGGUGCAAGGCCAAGCUCGGUGCCAACGCCAUCCUAGGAGUUUCUAUGGCUGUCUGCCGUGCGGGUGCUGCCACCUCUGGCAUGCCCCUUUACAAGUACAUUGCCAAGCUCGCUGGCAAGGACACUGAGAAGUUCACCAUGCCCUGCCCCUGCUUCAACGUCAUCAACGGCGGUAAGCACGCUGGCAACCGUCUUGCUUGCCAGGAGUUCAUGCUCGUCCCCUGCGGUGCCAAGUCCAUCCACGAGGCCAUCAGAUUUGCUGCUGAGGUCUAUCACGAGCUCAAGUCCGUGAUCAAGGCCAAGUACGGACAGGACGCCACCAACGUCGGUGAUGAGGGCGGAUUCGCUCCUUCUAUCCAGGAUAUGGAUGAGGCCCUUAAGGUCUUAGAGGAAGCUAUCAAAAAGUCUGGUCAUGAAGAGACCUGCCGUAUCGGUUGCGACUUUGCCGCCUCUGAGUGCCUUGACAAGAAGAGUGGCAAAUACGAUCUUGACUUCAAGAACAGUAACCCACAUCCUGAAGCCGAGAAGACUGGUGAUGAGAUGGUCUCUUAUCUCGAGUCACUCAUCAACCAAUACCCCUUCGUAUUCCUUGAGGAUCCCUUUGAUGAGAAUGAUUGGGAUACUUUCACCAAGUUCACCGCUAAGGAUGGAAAGAAUAUUCAGAUAGUCGGUGAUGAUCUCCUUGUCACCAACCCCAAGCGUAUUCAGAAGGGUAUCGACGACAAGGCUUGCAACGCCCUUCUUCUCAAGGUCAACCAGAUCGGUUCCGUCACCGAGUCUAUCGAGGCCAACAACAAGGCCGUCAAUGCCGGUUGGACCGUCAUGGUUUCUCAUCGUUCGGGUGAAACUGAGGAUACCUUUAUUGCCGAUCUCGUUGUCGGCCUCGGAACUGGCCAGAUCAAGACUGGUGCUCCCUGCCGUACCGAGAGGUUGUGCAAGUACAACCAGCUCAUGCGUAUCGAGGAAGAGCUCGGUGCUAAAGCCUACUUCGCUGGUGGGAAGAACUUCCCUCGCUGCAAGUAAAGCGAACGUGGAGACUCAAUGAGCUUCUUGCUCCCAAGAGUCGAACAUUCGAUAACCAGGAUUUAUUUGUUGAGAAUGUCAAGUGUUGUAAGGAUAUA